AUGGAUAGAUGGCUAAAACGUGACAGUUGCUGCAGCCGCAGUGGUGACGCAGAUGAAGGAAAUCAAACAGGUGCAAAGAAAAAGAAGACAGAUCUUCCUAAAAAUCGGCAGUUCAAGGAAGAUUAUGUGCUUUUGGGAUUUACUGCUACGAAUUCUGAUCCUCCAGAAGCUUUGUGCUUCUUUUGUGGGGAGAGGCUGGCCAACAGUAGUAUGAAACCAGCUCACCUCCAGUGUCACCAGAAAACAAAACACCAGUGUCAUGUUGGUAAACUGGCAGAAUUCUUCAAAAGAAAACUCUCUGAUUUUCAGGGCUCCCAAAAAGUACUUCAGAAAGCCACCACAACUUCAGAGAAGGCUCUGAAAGCAUCUUUAGCUGUAUCUCUAUUAAUUGCUAAAGCCAAAAAGCCAUUCAGUAUUGCUGAAGAACUUAUUUUGCCAGCUGUAGGUAUGAUGGCUGAAAUAAUGCUGGAUAAAAAGACAGCUGACCAACUAAAAGCAGUUCCUUUAAGUUUAUUACACCAAACUGUCUCUCGCAGGGUAAGUGAAAUGAGUGCCGAUAUUCAGGAUCAAGUUGUGAAUAAACUGAAGGCAAGCCAGUCAUUUUCUCUCCAAGUUGACGAAUCAACUGACAUCAGUGGGCAAGCUCAACUUGUCUCAUUUGUGAGAUAUAUUGAAGUAGAUGAUAUCAAGGAACACAUAUUAUUUUGUAAAAAAUUGGAAGAGCACACAACAGGGGAAGCUAUUUUCAAUGUCAUUAAUCAGUUCUUCACUGAACAAGGGCUUAGCUGGAAAUCUUGCAUGAGUAUGUGUACAGAUGCCGCCGCAUCAAUGACUGGCAAGGUGAAGGGACUGGUGGCAAGGAUUAAAAAGGAAAAUCCUGAUGUGGAAUGGACUCAUUGCAUCAUUCACAGAGAAUCUUUAGCAUCAAAGAAAAUGAGUUCACAGUUGCACGAGAUUCUGAAUGACGCCGUCAAAGUAAUCAACUUUAUAAAGUCAAGGCCACUUAAUACUCGUCUGUUUCACAGACUGUGUGAAAGCAUGGGGUCAGAGCACACAGAGCUAUUACUACACACAGAUGUGCGCUGGCUGUCGCGUGGGAGGAUACUCGCCAGAUUGUUUGAGUUGCGAGAUGAGGUAGCUUCAUUCUUAUCAGAACAUGGGUCUCCUUUUGCCACAUUUUUUGAAAAUACUACUUGGGUUGCACAACUGGCAUAUCUUACAGACAUAUUCAGCAAACUGAAUGAUUUAAAUAUGUCUCUGCAAGGUAAGGACACAAACAUUCUCAACCUGUAUGACAAAGUUGCUGGUUUUCAAAAGAAAUUAGGGCUGUGGAAGGAGACAUGCUCAGGGGGAUAUUUUACAUGCUUUCCUCUGUCAGAUGCCUACUUUUCCGAUAACAAUUAUGAGAAAGACACUGUGAAACCAGUCAUUGUGGAGCAUUUGACCAACCUUAUCAGUGCUUUUAAGUCUUACUUUCCUGGCAUACAUGAACAAUCAGUACAGCUGGACUGGAUUAGAAAUCCAUUCCUCUUAUCUGAACAAGAGAAGACGCUUCCUAUUUGCCUUCAGGAAACACUGAUAGAAGUGUGUGCGGACCGUGGCCUAAAACUGUUAUUUGAGAGAUCAAAUGUCACUCGCUUCUGGAGCUCUGUGAAGAAAUGGCCUUAG